AUGAAAUUCCAUAAUAAUAAUUGUGUUAGUGAGAAUUUUCGAACAAACAUUGCAAAUUAUGAAGCUCAUUGUAUGCAUUCAAAUCAUCAGAACAAAACUAUUAACUAUAACAACAAUAGUAAAGAUAUAGGCGGAAACAUUAUAAUUAUAAAUGAGAAAAAUGAAAAAUUUUGUACUAACACCAAUCGUAUUUUAUCAGGCUAUAAUAAUGUUAUUGAUAUUAGCAAUAUAGAAAAAUGUACUGAGAAUCUUAACAAUAAUAAUCAUAUUGAAAAUAAUGAAAAAGAUAUCAUGAAUAUACAAAAUAUAAAUUAUACUUUUAAUAACACUGAUAAUGAUAGAAAAAAUUGGGGGGAUUGUCUUGACAACAUAUGUAAAAAUCAGGAUAAAAUGAAUGGAGACGACAAUAGCUAUGAUAAAAAAAAUAAUAUUACCAUCAUCGAUAAUAAGAAAGAUAAUGAUGGAAAUAAGAAAGAUAAUGACGAAAAUAAGAAAGAUAAUGAUGAAAAUAAGAAAGAUGAUGACAACGAUGAAUAUAUUUGCAAGAAUAUAUACGAAUUAAAAAGCAGUGAACAUGAUAUAGAAAUUAGUCCUGCUUCAUACAUCAAUGAUAAUAAAAUAGAUAUUCCUGAAAAAUGCGAAGGGGAUACAAUUGCAAUUAACUAUAAAGAAAGGCUACUAAACGAUGAGAUUAGUGCAACAAAACAAAAGGAUGAAAAAAUAUUGAAUAAUGAAAUAAUUUCUACAAAUUUUGAUGAUAAUAAAAAUAAAAACAUAAAAUGCCAUGAAGAAAACAACCAAAAAAAUUAUACUAAAUUAGAGCAUCGUUUAAAAAUUAAAUCACUUUUAGAUAAUAAAAAUUUAACUGUGUCCGGAAAUUUUAAAAUAAAAGAUGAUGACACAAAAAAUACAGACUCGACAACUGAAGAUAGUACUCAGGAACAUGAUGGAGUUUUACACACUAUAAAAAAAAAUGUGAACAGUUGCGAAACUUUUCAAAUGAUAAAUUCACUGGAUAAUUCCAGUUUAGAAAAAAGUUCUAUAAUUCAAACAGAUAGCAUUGAUCAAAAAAAUGUAAAUAGAGUUAAAAUAUCAUAUAAACAAAAAAUAAAAGAUAAUAAUGAACAUAGUGAUGUAUAUAUGUUAAGCAUUCAAGAAAACAGCAAUAUAGAAAAUAGUAUUUCUAAUUAUAGUUAUUCUUUGAAUAAAAAAAAUACACAUAAUGGCAAUGGAGGCGAUGGACUUGAGCAUAAAGAAAUCUAUGAUAAUAAACCGCUUAUAGAAAUGAAAAAUUAUAUUAAAGGUUCCCUAAGUGUCCCUAUGCCAAAGUUAACUAGUGAUCAUAAUUUUCACAAAAAUAAUAAAUUAUCAUCAUGUAAAAAUGAAAAAAAAAUAUUUAGUUCAAGCAUAUUAGAAUUAAACCAUGAAACAAAUAGUGAAAAUAAAUUGUUAUCUCGAAAUAUGUUAUAUAGCCAUAAUGAAGUAUUCAAUAAUAUAUUCCCUCAAAACAAAAAUGAUCAUGUUGAUGGACUUAAAUAUUUUGAUGAAUCACGAAUAAAUCAAAGAGAUAAUCAAAUAAAAGAUAAAUAUUUCAUUAAAAUGUCAAAAAUAUUUUCUAACUCAAAAGAUGAAUAUACAAAAUGGGUUUUAAAAGAUGAAUAUAUGGAAAACACACAAAAAAAAGACAAUAAAAUUGACGAUUCUGGUAAUAACCAAAUUAGCAAUUUACCAAUUGACCUAAAAGAAAAUUAUAAUUAUGUAGCAAAAAAUGAAGAAAUAAAAUGCCAUGUUGAAAUAUCACCAAAUGCUUACAAUAAUUUAAAAAAUGGGUAUGGUGACAAAAAUAAAAAUGCAAGCACGAUAAUAAAAGAUAUAAUUGAUACAAAAGAUAUAGAUGAAAAGGAUUGUGAAGAGUCCUAUUUUUGUUGUCCUAUAAAAGAACAGAUGCCCAUUUCGAAUCCUACAAAUCCAGGGCUAUUAAAUACGAUAUUUCGAACAAUUAUAUUUAAUAAGAAUAAUAAUUUUAUGAUAAAAUCAAAAAAUGGUUCUAACCAUUUACGAAAAAAAUUACCUAAUAGAAAUUUUUAUAUCCCUAAAAAAUCCUUGUCAUUACAUGCAUAUUCUUUUGGGUCUAAAGUAAAAUCGAGUAUAUUACUUGAAAAUCCAAGAUUGAAAAAUGAGAACAAAAAAGACAACACUUCCAUACAAAAUAUAAAGGAUAAACUUAAUAAGUUAGCAUCAUUCUAUUCAGCAGUUAUAGAUAAAAAAAUAAUUAGAAAUACUCAAAAAAAAGCACAAAUAUAUAAUAAGAAACAUAUGAAUUCAUAUAAAUGUUGUGAAACAAUGAUAUAUAAUAAUAAAGGGCAUCACAAUGUAUUAAAUAGUACGAGCAACAUUCAUAAAGCAUACCCUAAGUGCGAAAUAAUAUGUAGGAUUCCAAAUAAAAAAAUUAAUUGUAUUCAUUAUAAAAGGUUUCCGACCCCUAAGAGAUUAAUUACAAAUCCGAUGUAA